UUGUUCCGUAAGCAAACGCGUGAGCAUGUUGUAUGGUCAGGUACAUUAAUGCAAUGGAUGUGAUUAGUCACUGAAUGUUUCUUAAUGCCACUUCGUACGUGUCAGUCACCCUCAAACAACUGUGGGAUGACAUUUGAAACACGGACUAAAUUUUUGUGAUGUUGCUUGAGAAUAGCGUCAGAAUGUACUAUUCUCGCGAUCACAGAACGACAUCUCGUUCAGAGGGUGUUGACGUUUUGUUAACCCGCAGAAAUCUACAGCAACAAGAGCUGGCAUUUAAGAUUCAAGGGUCAAGGUAAAAUCAAGCUUUGUACCAUAGUGUUUCCGUAACCAGAAUAGCAAUUGCUUUGGAGUAUUUUUCCACGUCCACCCGAUGAACAUGUGUAAACAAUAGACAUUUGUGCUAGCUAACUUGUAGAAUGGCCAUUAAAACGUCUAGCCGACCUGAACGCCUAGUUAUCUAGGCUAUUGAUUUUUUUCUUUUACUAGGGAAGAAAGAAGUGUUUGCUGUCCUGUUCCAUUUGCGCCCUCUUUGCAGUCGACUGUUCGUAAGACGGCUAUUCGUCUCAGAUCAAAAAGGCCUACCAAGUUCAGUCGUUAUGCUUUUGGUCGAGACGGAUCACGUCAUGUAAAACACAUCAGCCCCUCUAUCUUGGCAGCCUCCGUAAACAAAACAACAUAGAAGGAUCUUGACAGCUGCAUGCAUUUGAUCCCGUCCCAAAUCAAACCCAGUCCGUCUCUAGCCAUGUUUGAACCCUGUGAUUCUGACCGUGGGGUUCCCACCCAGGGAGUCUCUCAGCCGGUUCCUGGGAUUGUGUCGGUAAAGCUGGAAGACUGUGUUAAAACACUGGAGCUAAAUAUCAUUGUCAAAGAAGAGGAGGAGGAGAGAGGAAUCUGGGAUGAGGAGGGGGUUAGCAAGGAUAUUAAAAAGGAGGUGGAGGAAAUGGCUCUGAAAGAAGAACUGGAGAACAGGGACGAGAAGGAGGAACUAGAUGCUAACACUGACCCAGGAAUGUCUGAACGCUGUGUUUCCGAUGGUGGAAUUCCAGCCCAGGGAAUCUCACAACCGGUUCCAGAGAUGUUGUCGGUAAAACUGGAGGAUUGCAUUAAAACGGUGGAACUUAAUGUCAUUGUCAAAGAAGAGGAGAGAUGACCUGGGGAGGUGAGAGACAUUAAGAAGGAGAUUAAAGAGGAGGUCGAGGAGUAGGCAGUCAAAGAGGAGCUGGAGGAAAUGUCCCUGAAAGAAGAACUGGAUAACAGGAAAGAGAAGAAAGAAGUAGAUGGUAACACUGAUCCAGGAAAGUUCAGGUGUGGAGGAUGGAGAGAGGUUGGUGGAUUGGUGUCCACAUGGGAUUCCAUAUCUAUUAUUUGGUUGUUCCACCAUUUACAUGCCCUUAAGCUUUCUUCUGGUGAGAUGUCCAAAUAGCUUGUUGGGAUGGAGGUGGUUGUUUGGAGACAUGGUGAUUUCAACAUCACCAACUUUAUCUGUUGGGAUCCUUACAUUUUUUAAUUUUGGUUUUAAACUAUCCACCUCAGUGUGAAUGAGGUUAAAAUACCCUUUAGACGUUACCAACGCAACUAACUAUCGGGGUCGUAGUUUCACUGUUUUCUCCUCUAAAUCAUAGCUUUUCGUCUAUCCUGACUCUGUUAUGUUCAUGCAAAUUUAGCAUUCCGAUGAGUUUGUGCCUUUUUUUAGUGAGAUCCUGUAGGAUUAGAUUGUGAUAUAGAUAUCAUCCAUGGUCAAUCCUAGCAUCAUCUGAACUUAAGAAUUAACACAUUUCAAAGCCAACCAUUUUUUACAGAUACAGAGGUCGGGUAUUGCUUUUUUAUUUGUUAAUUUGAGUAUUAUAGUAUCAACAAGUCUUAAAGCCCAUUUCAGUGCACUGGUCCUUAAUCUAACCCCAUUUCUGACCAUAUUCCCACAGGAGAGCCAGUGACACCUGUUCCACAGCAUCAGGAAAUGAUGAACCACUCACAGAGAGGAUCUCAAGACAGAAACAUCACCACUGCAUGGAUUGUUUCAAUAGUUUCUAUGUGUCAAGGAGUUGAAAAGCCACAUUUGUAGGCCCUGCCCCUGUUUAGAAUGUAGAGGGCGUUUCAUUUGUCCAACUCGCCUAAACUCAAAGUUGACUGAAAACAGAAACAUGACGUACCUGUGUGAUCAAUCUGGGGAGACGUUAAAGAGGACAAUCAAACUCAAAACACACCAGGAAAAUCACACAGGAGAGAGGCCAUACAUCUGUUCUGUUUGUGGGAAGGAUUUUAGUCAUCCUAAAGUCCCAUCAAAGAAGUCACAGAGGACAAAAAUCUUUUCACUGCUGCCAAUGUGUUAAGAGUUUCAUUCAGUUAGCCAUUCUGAAUAAACAUCACACAACUCACAUUGGUGAGAAGCCUUACCAAUGUGCUCAAUGUGAGAAGAGUUUCAGGCUAUAUCAACUGAAGGCACACCAGAUGUCACACCAACCUUACCACUGCACUGAAUGCGGGGAUAGAUUUGCCAGUUUAUAUUUGCUUAAGAAACACAGUCUAACACAGAUAGGAGAAGAGCAUUACUACUGAUCGCAGUGUGGGAAGAAUUUUUGUCAGUCAUCAACUCUGAAGACACACCAGCUAACUCACACAGGAGAGAAACCCUACCAGUGUUGUAAGAGUUUCAUUAGAAUAUAUAAACUGAAGGCACUCCAGAUAACACACAGAGAAGAAAAACCUUACCACUGCUCUCAGUGCAGGGAUAGUUUUUCAAGCUUAUAUUUCCUAAAGAAUCACCAGCUAACGCACACAGGAGAAAAGCCUUACGACUGUCCUCGGUGUGGGAAAAAAAUUCAGUCAGUCAUCAACUCUUAAGAGUUGUUAAAUGACCAUCACCCUUCCCACACUGAGAACAGUGGUGAGGCUUAUCUCCGGUGUGAGUUAGCUGAUGUGUCUUAAGAGUUGUUAAAUGACCAUAACUCUUCCCACAAUGAGAACAAUGAUGAGGCUUUUCUUCUGUGUGAGUUAACUGGUGUUUUCAGAGUUGAUGACUGACUGAAAUUCUUCCCGCAUUGGGAACAGUGGUAAGGCUUUUGUCCAGUGUGAGAUAGCCGGUGUUUCUUCAGGAAAUACAAGUUAGAUAAACCAUCCACGCAUUGAGAGCAGUGGUAAGGCUUCUCUUCUGGGUGCGUUAUCUUGUGAACCUUCAGUUUAUGUAACCUGAUGAAGCUCUUCAUACACUGAGCACAUUCGUAGGGCUUCUCUCCUGUGUGAGUAAACAGAUGUGCUUUCAGAGUUGAUGAAUGACCAAAGCGCCUACCACACUGAGGGCAGUGG